AUGGACGCAACACCCACCCGCGCAAAGCGCAAGCAACAGGGCAACAAGUCCAAAACUUUGCCAUGCCCUCAUUGCCAGCGCCUCUUCGCGCGACUCGAGCAUUUGCAACGGCACAUUCGCACACAUACCAAGGAGAAGCCUUUCGUUUGCGACCUUUGCGGCAAGACUUUUGCGCGCAGCGACCUGCUUGUUCGGCAUGAGCGCCUCGUACAUCCCGGCGAAGAGGAGAAGCAUUCGAGCAGAAAGGGUCACCAUAGACACAUUACAAACUCGCAAGCCCAUAAUGCCUCGCACGGCAGACCUGGCGAUAACCGUCUCAUGUCCUCAGAUGGAUCAGUCCAGAACGGUGCCGACCCAAUGGACAUCUCGCCCGUCCAAAAUCACCCUCUCACCUCGCCGCCUGCUGCCAAUGAAGGUCGCGCCAUGAUGGAUAUGCUUGAUCCCCAGCUGAUGGCAUCUCACAAUGGCGUUGUCUCCAUAGACAACAUGCCCUCACAACAAGCUGCCAUGCUAGGCGCACCCUCGCUCGACCCAUCCUGGGGCUACGACCUGAAUCUACUGUCCCAUGCCGCUAGCCACGUCGCAUCGGGUGCCCAGGGUUAUGAGAUGUCAGGUAUGCCACAAGUGACCCAGGAACCAAUGCAAUCCAUGUUGCCAGGUGUGUCCGAGGCUUCAACUACCGAUCAGUAUCAACCCCGUAUCUUGACGGAAGGCUACGGGAGCGCCAAUCUUUUCGAGACUCCUGAUAUAGGUGACCCAAUGCAGGACUUCACCCACUUCCUUGACAGCGUCGGUCUAUCCUCUGACUGGCACACCAAUAUCUUCGGUGACCAGGCUGACACACUAUCACCCGAACUCAAGACCGAGAAUCUCGGCAUUCCCCGUUCAAUGCAGCCAAAUGUCGACCCAAACAUUGACCCAGGCUUGGCGCCUCCGCGAGAAGAAGUUAGCACCUUUUCGAGGUUCGGAUCACGUCUCCCCUCUCUACAGCCAGAGUCAAGGACUCCCGAUGCGCGGCCAGCCGAUCCACCACGAAGCGUUCUGGAAGAGAACUCUGUGAGGAACAGACCGAUCACUUGGGAUGUCUCAGAUAGUGAUCGACAAGUCUUCGCCAAUAAACUCGCUGCUUUUGACAGUGUCAUGCCCAAGGGCUUUAUUCCGCCUUCUCGCCACUCAUUAUCCCGCUAUCUCGCGGGCUAUAUCAACGGCUUCCACGAGCAUCUCCCUUUCAUCCAUGUACCGACGCUGUCUGUCGCUGCCAGUGCUCCAGAGCUAGUACUAGCCUUGGCUGCUGUUGGAGCACAGUAUCGGUUUGAGAACAGUCGUGGUAUCGAAUUGUUUUAUGCCGCUAAAGCAGUAGUCACCGAACAAAUUAGGCGGCGGGAUGGGUCUGCCCAGCCACAAUCUUGGACUAGACCUCGUACUGGCAGCCUCGUACAGUCACCUGCUGGAGGCUUGGCCAGCUCUAGUCACUCUGGCAGCCCUUUCCAGUUUCAACCUCCGGAAGAAGCUGUAUCCACGGACUCCAAGGAAUACAUGGACUCGAUACAAGCACUUCUGCUGUUGACAGCAUUUGCCACCUGGGAGCGGCAUCAAGAGCUUCUAAAAGAGGCCUUGGCCUUCCAGUCGACUCUCGCCCGACUAGUCCGCGACUCAGGUCUUUCCAGUGCCGAGGAGCCUCCCACCCCCUCCGACUUGACUUGGGAGCGAUGGAUUCGGAUCGAAGGCGACAAGCGAACGAAGCUCAUAGUCUACUGCUUCUUCAACCUGCAUUCCAUAACUUGGGAUAUUCCACCUCUGAUACUCAACUCUGAGAUAAAGCUUGACCUUCCCGACCCGGCAAACGAAUGGAAGGCGCAGACCGCCGAGCAAUGGCGGGACCUGCACGCUGCAAAUGCCGCGCCAGCCCUACCGUUUCAAGUGGCUUUUGCGCGACUGUUCUCUAAGCCGGUGCAUAAUCCUGGUUAUCCCGUGUCGCCGCUGGGCAACUACGUCCUGGUGCACGCUCUUAUACAACAGAUCUUCUUCGCCCGCCAGCUAAGUAUGAACUGGCCGGGCGCGGCGGGCAGUAUGCUGAGAUCAGAAGACAUUACUGUUCUCGAACGUGCGCUCUCGGCCUGGAAGCAGGGUUGGAAGCGAGCACCCGAGUCUAGCCUCGAUCCUCAGAACCCUAACGGCCCUGUGGCUUUCACUUCGACUGCUCUGCUGGGCCUUGCGUAUAUCCGCCUGCAUACACACAUGGGUCCCCUACGGCACCUCGAAACCCGUGAAUCGAUGCAGAUUGCGCAUGCAUUGAGGAACACCCCGGAUAUCAAACGCGACCAUCGCCUCACUCCAGCACUCCUUCAUUCAGCCCACGCCCUUUCCAUACCAGUCAGGCUAGGCAUUGAUUUCGUCGCCAAGACGCAGACGUUCUUCUGGUCAAUCCAGCAUAGCAUUUGCAGUUUAGAGUGCGCCUUUCUGCUCAGCAAAUGGCUUGCCGCCCUUGCUCGAAUCACACAUGAAGGCGGUCCGCCGCUGUCUGAUCAUGAGCGUAAGCUCCUUCUCUGGGUCCGAUCGCUUCUGGAAGAGUCUGAGCCUCAUGAAACACUCACUGGUGCUCCCAGACCAACCGCGUCUUUCACGCCGGCCCUCGACAAGGACACGACAUCCUCUCACAGCGACGACAAGAAGCCUCCUUCGUUGACGGUCAACGGUGAUUCAAUCGAUGUCAAGACCACUUCUCAAGACAAGGCGCAGGAAUUGCUCAACGAUCCUGACAGAUUGAAGAGACUGAGCGUGAGCGUUGUCCGAACAUGGAGCAAGACGUUCAAGGGGAACACCAGUUGGGCUAUUGUGGACAUGAUCGGGGGCGCGCUGGAGAUCUAUGCUGAGCUGUUAGAAGGUGAUCUUGGGGUGGGCAUCAACGGCAGCUGA